GCCUCUCCUGCUCAGCACCAUGGCUAAGACCCCUAGUGACCAUCUGCUGUCCACCCUGGAGGAGCUGGUGCCCUAUGACUUUGAGAAGUUCAAGUUCAAGCUGCAGAACACCAGUGUGGAGAAAGAGCACUCCAGGAUUCCCCGGAGCCAGAUCCAGAGAGCAAGGCCGGUGAAGAUGGCCACUCUGCUGGUCACCUACUACGGGGAAGAGUACGCCGUGCAGCUGACCCUGCAGGUCCUGCGGGCCAUCAACCAGCGCCUGCUGGCCGAGGAGCUCCACAGGGCAGCCAUUCAGGAAUAUUCCACACAAGAAAACGGCACAGACGAUUCUGCUGCGUCCAACUCCCUGGGGGAGAACAAGCCCAGGAUCCUGAAGACUCCAGACCACCCCGAGGGGAAGGAGGGGAACGGCCCUCGGCCGUACGGGGACGGGGCUGCCAGCCUGCGGUGCAGCCAGCCCGAGGCCGGGAGGGGGCUGUCGAGGAAGCCCCUGGGCAAACAAAGAGAGAAGGCCGCAGAGGGCCUGGACGCGCAGGGCAAGCCUCGGACCCGGAGCCCGGCCCUGCCCAGCGGGAGAAGCCCCGGCCCCUGCAGGGCGCCAGAGGGGCACCAGGCCGAGGUCCAGCUGCGCAGGAACGCCAGCUCCGCGGGGAGGCUGCAGGGGCUGGCGGGGGGCGCGCCGGGGCGGAAGGAGUGCAGGCCCUUCGAAGUGUACCUGCCGUCGGGAAAGAGGCGGCCUCGAAGCCUUGAGUUCACCAUUUCUGCAGGGGAGAAGGCGCCCGCAAAUCCAGAAAUUCUUCUGACUCUAGAGGAAACGACAGCUGCGAAUCUGGACUCGGCAACAGAACCCCGGGCAAGGCCCACUCCGGAUGGAGGGGCAUCUGCGGACCUGGAGGAAGGCCCUGGGAAUCCAGAACAUUCGGUCACCGGAAGGCCACCAGACAAGGCUGCGAGUCCCCGUUGCCACGCCCAGGAAGGAGACCCAGUUGGCAGUACCUGUGUGCAUGAUUCCUGCAGCUGCCCUGAGGCAGUUUCUGGGCACCCCCAGGCCUCAGGCAGCCGCUCACCUGGCUGCCCCCGGUGCCAGGCCUCCCAUGAAAGGAAGAGCACGGGAAGCCUAAGCCCCCAGCCCCUGCCACAGUGUAAGCGCCACAUGAAGCAGGUCCAGCUGCUCUUCUGCGACGAUCACAGUGAGCCCAUCUGCCUCAUCUGCAGUCUGAGUCAGGAGCACCAAGGCCACCGGGUGCGCCCCAUUGAGGAGGCCGCCCUGGAACACAAGAAGCAAAUUCGGAAGCAGCUGGAGCAUCUGAAGAAGCUGAGAAAAUCAGGGGAGGAGCAGCGAUCCUAUGGGGAGGAGAAGGCAGUGAGCUUUCUGAAACAAACUGAAGUGCUGAAGCAGCGGGUGCAGAGGAAGCUGGAGCAGGUGUACCACUUCCUGGAGCAGCAAGAGCAUUUCUUUGUGGCCUCGCUGGAGGACGUGGGCCAGAUGGUUGGGCAGAUCAGGAAGGCAUAUGACACCCGCGUAUCCAAGGACAUCGCCCUGCUCGACGCGCUGAUUGGGGAACUGGAGGCCAAGCAGUGCCAGUCAGAAUGGGAGCUUCUGCAGGACAUCGGAGACAUCUUGCACAGGGCUAAGACAGUGCCUGUCCCUGAACAGUGGACCACUCCUCAAGAGAUGCAACAAAAGAUCCAAUUCCUCCACCGGAAGUCAGAGUUUGUGGAGAAGAGCGCAAAGUACUUCUCAGAAACCCUGCGUUCAGAAAUGGAAAUGUUGAAUGUUCCAGAGCUGAUUGGCGCUCAGGCACAUGCCGUUAAUGUGAUUCUAGAUGCAGAAACCGCUUACCCCAACCUCAUCUUCUCUGAUGAUCUGAAGAGUGUUAGACUUGGAAACAAGCGGGGGAGGCUGCCUGAUGGCCCGCAAAGAUUUGACAGCUGCAUCGUUGUUCUGGGCUCUCCAAGCUUCCUCUCCGGCCGCCAUUACUGGGAGGUGGAGGUCGGAGACAAGACAGCAUGGAUCCUCGGAGCCUGCAAGGCAUCCAUAAUCAGGAAAGGGAACAUGACUCUGUCGCCAGAGAAUGGCUACUGGGUGGUGAUAAUGAUGAAGGAAAAUGAGUACCAGGCGUCCAGCGUUCCCCCGACCCGCCUGCUAAUAAAGGAGCCUCCCAAGCGUGUGGGCAUCUUCGUGGACUACAGAGUUGGAAGCAUCUCCUUUUACAACGUGACAGCCAGAUCUCACAUGUAUACAUUCACCAGCUGCUCUUUCUCUGAGCCCCUUCAACCUAUCUUCGGCCCCGGGACACGUGAUGGAGGGAAGAACACAGCUCCUCUGACCAUCUGUCCAGUGGGUGGUCAGGGUCCUGACUGAAUGCCCAACGCUGCAUCUCUCUUCCUGCUUCUGGCCUUGUAUCUUGCAUUCACACACUCAACAAUCACGGAAUGCCGACUAGGUGC